AUGAGACUCACAAGCGCUGCCAUGAUCGAACAAGACCACCACCAUGGACUACGAUUGCGAGAGAAGGAAACGAAUGGCAUAUGUGCUGGAGUCCGCACAGCUCGUGAAGACGGACCGUCCAAGUAUCCAAUUUUUGGGUUGCACUGCAUACAAUGCGAUAAGAAUGCUGCGUGGUACUCACAAGAGGAACAUGAACGUCUCGUCGAGCAGUGCCAGCACGGCUUGGUGCCGUCGACUCCGUGCGGGAAUCACUCACACACUCACUGCAUUGUCAGUUGGUAUCGAAGCGGAGGCAGUGAUGAAAAAGUUGUGAUUGAACGGAAGUGUGGUGGAGUGGAGGACGUGACUGGAUGCACUUUGUAUAAUUCAAAAAUCUGUCAAAGGAUUCGAUUUCUUAAGAAUCGUGAGACCAAAAGCACUGAGGUCUUGGUUUGUCUUGGAGUUCAGGUACCCACUAUUGGAAAACCCACUCAUCAGUGUGUUGCUCCUUGCUCAACCGUGCGAAAACCAAAAUGA